GUAAAUGCUGAUUUUUAUUCAUUUUUAAAUUUACCAAUCCAAAAUACUUUAUAUAGGGCUCGUUGGAUGCUGAAUUGGUAAGUUCUGAAUAACGGUAACUAAGUUUGUAAAAUAUUUCAUUUUUUAUUAACAAAAUUUUCUCGAAAACAAAAAACGAUAUUUUUUUUAAUCACUUUAUUAAAACUAUUCAUUUUAAGCUUCAUUUUAUAGGGUAAAAAAGAAGAAAAAAAUGAUCCUUUUUUAAAAAGAAAAUAAAAAAUGUUAUUGAUUGUCAAAAACAACGCGAGUAAAUUUUGAAUUUUAUGAAAAAAAGAUAUUCCACCAUUCGAAAAAGCAGGUAAAAACCUUUAGAAAACUUAUAGGUCGAAAUUUUUUCCAUCCCUUUAUACAAUAGUUAUGAUUUUUCAAAAAAUUCACUGUUCACAUUUUUGCUAUUUGUAUACUUCUCCGCAAAACUCAAUGUAUUAAGAAUUUAUCUCAGCGCAAUUAAAUUGAUCAGAAUUUAUCUCAACUUAAAGUGAACAGUCUACAUGUUGACAUUUUAUUCUGUGACACAUUUUAUCACUUUCGCAGUUGUAAUAAGAUUAUUAAUUGAUUCAAUUCAUUGAGACAAUUCUGUUUCAACGCUUACAUACGUUUAUCAUAAAAUUUUCUACUAAUAAACUUUAAAUCUAAUUAAUUUGGUUUGUUUUGAGAAAGUUAUUAAUUAAAAAUAUAUAAAUAGUUUAUUAAUUAAUUUAAAAAAAAUUAUAUUAUUUUCUUAAAAAUGUCUUCUAAUUUUAAAUUUCUUCAAGUACAUAUUAAUCAUUUUGUGGAAAAGCAAAAAUUGUCGAAUGUAAAAAUCAAAAUUUCCAAUGGCAAUGUGGAAGUAGAUAAUUUUUUGGCAAAUAUUUAUCGAGUUCAAUUGAAGGGAGAAAAAAUUGAUGAAAAUAAAAGUGUGAGUUAUAAUUUGAUAAUUAAGUGUUUUCCACAAGGAGAAACGAUUAUUUUUAAUGAAUUUAAAAUAAGAAAUUUCUAUCUUCAUGAAAUUUCUUUUUAUGAAGAAAAUAUUCCAAUAUUGGAGAAAUUAUUAAGUGAAUAUGAUACGAAUGUGAAAAUUAAUGAUAUUCCUAUUUAUUAUGGGAGCUGUAAAACUAAAGGUGAUGAGGUGCUAAUACUUGAAGACGUAUCUUAUCGUGGAUUGAGGGCAAAAAAAUCAAAGCUCCUUGAUUAUUCACAUGCAGUAAUGGCACUAAAACAUCUUGCACAAUUUCAUGCAUAUGGUUUUAUUUUACGCGUCAAAAAACCGGAAUUAUUUGAAAAAACUAUAAAAACAAUUAAAGAACCUGCUUUUUUUGAAAGCGACGAUUACACGAAACAAUAUGGAAAGCUUUGCGAUGUUGCAAUAAAGGCCAUAGAAAAUGAAGGAACGUAUUAUGUUGAAAAAAUUAAUAAGUUUAGAAACAAUGUAUUCAAAUAUUGUUUAUAUGAUACAAAUGGAAGUAACGCAGAACCAUUUGCAACAAUAACUCACGGUGACUUUUGGACGAAUAAUAUGUUAUUCAAAUAUAACGAGAAUUCUGAACCAGAAGACUUUUGUUUUUUGGAUUUUCAAAUGUAUCGUUAUGCAUCGCCAAUUUUGGAUAUUGUUUAUAUGCUUUUUAUUUGUUGCACCUAUGAAAUGCGCCAAAUUUAUUAUGAUGAAUUAUUAAAAGAAUAUUACAAGUCAUUUUCAGAAUUUUUAAAUAAAUUUCAUCUCAAUGCAAAUCAACUUUUUCCAUAUGAAAUAUUUAUGAAACAAUUACAAUCUUUUGGAAAUUAUGGCGCAUGUUUGGCACUUUUUGCUCUUCAUGGCUUUUUAAAAGAGAAAACAGAACCAAUUAUUUCUGUACAUGUUGAAAAUUGUUUAAAUGAUUUAUUCGAAAGAUUGGAAACCAACAAAUUGUACGCGAGUAUGUUGAAAGGAAUUUUUAAAGAUAUGGUCGAUAAAAAUUAUAUAUAACAAAAAAAAUUAUAUAUCAUAAAAGUAAAUAAAAAUAGUUUGAAAAAUU